AUGGGAACAACAUUUUCGUGUCCCAGACUGAUGCGACAGCAGAGACCAGACCAGACAGACAAUGCCCCCGCAAAAAAUACUUCCCCCUCCGCGGCGUCAGAAAGCAACCUGGGUGCUGCGGCGGCGAGGCGAGGCGAGAGCCAGUCCGUGCCAGCGGAGGAACCAUGCGGAUUUUGCCAGGGCCCGAAAAGUAGAGUUUUCAUUCAAGAUGUCACGUUGAAAUAUGUGCUGCCUGUGAAGUUCUCCGCUGAAUUUUCCCGGUUCGUCCCACGUCAUCCGUAUGGCCGUGACAGCCGCUUCCCAGGAAGAGCGUUGUACGGAUGCGUUACGAUUUGCGCUUCGGCGCUGUUACUAAACAUGGGUAGCCGGAACGUGGGCUGGGAGCUCAUUGUGAUAAACGAGCUGAAGGAGGAAGAGAAAAAGGGCAACAUCACUGACAAAAUGACGGUAUACUUCCGACGUCCGUCCGAGGCAAUCAAACCCGUCGGCAGCUCCGCCACCGCGGCGGCGGCGGACAUGAACAUCGGCCGGCGCCUGAGUCGCGAACUGCAAGAACGCGUUCUGCCGAAAAGCCUUCAACACCAGCAACUGCAACAACAACAACAACAACAACAACAACAACAACAACAACAACAACAGUUACCACCACCAGUUGCUGCUCCGGCAGUGUUGCCAACGACCAAAGACGACAUUCCAGCAAGCAAAAGCCGGCAAUUGUACGCCUUGCUCGGCGAGAAAAAGCCGCCUUCCGCGCCGCCGGUCACCGACAAAAUCGACAUCGAUUCCGAAAACGUGGAAACGCCGCCGACGCGGACGCCCAGUUUGCAACGCCGCCACUUCCCGGUCCUGUCGGGCGACUCUGGUUUGUCGACGAGUGCCGCCACGACUGCGACAACUGAGUCGGCCUUAGAGUUGCCUGGGGACCGAAGUUUGCAGCGUUCUUUGCGAUACAAGAGGCUGGUUCAGAUGGCCAAGGAAGCCGAGCCCGAGGUGGAAUUAACGGGUCCUGGUGGGGCGAAGGAGCAGGAGAAACACGGAGAUGCUGCGAAUGGGCACGUGCAGCUCAGACAACAGGACUCUGGAACCCAACAAGACCUAGACGAAGCUGGCCAAUUCGACAGAUAUUCGCUGGCGAGACGCACGACACGAAGAUCCAAACGGUUCCCCACUGAUGAUGCGAGCGAGCAGCAAAAUGUUCCCGAACCGGUACAGCAACCCGCUUCGCCGGGCAUUCAUUCAUCCAAGGACGACACGCUGUCCAAACUGCGCAACUGGCCGGGGCGCCUGUUCCCAGGAAAGACCACCACGGACGCCCCGCCGCCGGCGCCUUCAGCCUCGACUCGCGGCCGCCGCGGCUCUCGCACCAAGAGCCUCAUCGAACCGAAAGAGGUCGAGUUGGCCAUCAAGCAGCAUCAAGUGGGACGCCAGCCAGUGCCCACCAGCCCGACGGCGACUCUACCCAGGCAGCCGCCCAAUGCUGCUGCUGCUGCCUCUGCCGUCGUAACCGGUGGCGGCUCUCUGAACAGAACGUCGAGCACGCGACAGUCAACGACGCAGGACGGGGUUGCCAAGAUCGCGGGUGCGUUCCGGAGUCUCACGCGGAACUUGAAGCCUCAGCGUGGAGAGUACAGAUUGAAUGGUACUUCCUUGGGGGCGCCUGCUGUCGUGAGCACGAACCCGACACUGACGCGCAGUGACAGCCACAACACCAGGGCCAGCAACCAGAGUCUGAGCAAGAAGAGUUCCGAUGGGUCCUUGCACCGGCAUUCGCCGCCGGCGCCUUCAACGCCGUCGCUACGCAGGCAAGUAGUGCUCCUGAUGAUGGCGCAGACAUUUUUAAUUUUGGAUCCCCCCGCAUAA